CAUCCGGCCCUGCGGUGCCUGGCCGAACACAGCGGCUGCAAAGGGGGCGAGGAGCCGGCGGCCCUGUGCCUGCAGUGCGAUAUGAAUGACUGUUACAGCCGGCUGAGGAGGCUGGUGCCCACCAUCCCGCCCAACAAGCGGGUCAGCAAAGUGGAGAUCCUGCAGCACGUCAUCGACUACAUCCUCGACCUGCAGCUGGCUCUGGAGACGCACCCGGCGCUGCUCCGGCAGCCGCCGCCCGCCCUGCACCCGGGCGGUUGUCCCGCGGGCACCCCGCGCACCCCGCUGACGGCCCUCAACACCGACCCGGUAAGAGGUGCGUGCCCGUCCCGGGGGCGCGAGAAGGGAGCGGGGAGACACCGCUGCAGGGCCCUUGGGGGCAGCGCAGCCCGGAGGGACCGUGGCGGGCGCGCUGUUUUCCGGCGGAGCCCCGCAUCCAUCCCCGCGUUGUAACUGUAGCCCCUCGGGGGAGCGGCCGCUAUCCGCGU